UAAAAGCUUCCAUUUGUAUGAAUAACAGAGAAAAUUCUCCAUCUUUAUUUCAAAGAAGAUUAAAAAUGUCCGAUUUCAAGAAACCAACUGCACCUAAACACCACCAUAGCUGCAGUGAAGGCGGCGAAGUGUUUGGCAGUAAUAAUAAAGAAAAUUGUAAACCCUUAUCGACAAAUGGGUCUGCGCCAACGAAGGUAUCAUCAAAUAUGAAAUCUUUUUCCACCGGCAGAGUCCUGAAACCGUCCUCUUUACAGUCGUGCAUGCAGAUAAACGAGCCUGAUAAGGGCCUGUUUAAGCCUAUGUUGUGGGACUCUGACAACUCAGCUUCUAAUUCCUUACAAAUUUGGGACUUUUCUGAUUCCGAAGCUGCUCCUGCUUCUUCUUGGUCCACAUUGCCUAACAGGGCUUUGUUAUAUAGAGCUUUGCCAUUGGACAUAGGGAGAUGUACUUGUGUUAUUGUCAAAGAAGCAUUGCCGGAAGGUUUAAACGGUGGCUCACUCUAUUCACUCUAUACUAAUGAAGGACAUGGAAGGCAGGAUCGGAAACUAGCUAUAGCACACCAUAAGCGCAGAAAUGGAAAGUCAGUGUUUACAAUAGCUCAGAUUUUGAAAGGAGUUUUGUCUAGUUCGGAUGAUAGUUUCGUCGGGACUAUAACAGCUAACUUCACUGGUUCCAAGUAUCACAUAUGGGAUCAGGGUAGCCGCCUCAAUUCGCCUUCUAAGCACCGAAAUCCACUCCUGGGUGUUGUUACAUUUGUGCCUACAGUAACCACAUGCACAGGAAGUUGUAGAAGUAUGAGAGUGUACAUACCUAAGCACCAAUCAAUGCAGCUAAAGAACACAACUCAGAUGCAACAUAGUAACGGUCUACCUAAGGAUUGGGAUCGAAAAAUGGACAAAGUACAUAAACUACUUUCAAGAACUCCAACUUACAAUAACACUUCGAAGCAAUAUGAGUUGGACUAUAGAGACAAGGGCAGAGCUGGACUUAGAGUACAAAGAUCAGCGAAGAAUUUCCAACUGACAUCAGAGGAGAAUGGCAAACAAACAAUUUUGCAGCUAGGAAGGGUGGCAAAAUCAAAGUUUGUGAUGGAUUUCAGAUAUCCGUUAACCGGUUAUCAAGCUUUUUGCAUUUGCUUGGCUUCAAUUGAUACAAAACUUUGUUGCACAGUUUAGUCACAAUCUGCUACCAUCUUUUUGAAGUUCAAUCUCUGAACACAAUUAUUUUUUUUGUGCUACCAACAUUUAGCUGAUGAACAUUUUUUCGAACUGUCAAAUUUCCAUGUAAAGGCUGUGUGAUAUUAUAAUUUUAUGUAUGCAUAAUUGGUUUACAAGUUCA